AUGGACGCCGUCGCCCGCGGCCUUGGCUCACUUGGCACCAAUCCGCCUCUCGGUGUCGAGUCUGCGCUCUCGGUGAACGGCUCUGACUGGCUUUGGGCUGUCACUUCCAUCUAUAUUGCGGCCUUCCUCGGACUUCUCGUCUUCUGCUUCACCACUCCCGAGGCCGACCGCGUCUUCCACUAUUUGUUCACGUGCGCCCUGCUUGCAGGCUCCGUCACCUACUUCGCCCAAGCUUCGGAUCUCGGCUGGGUGGUCGUGGAUGGUCGCCAGGUCUUCUGGGCCAAAUACGUCAAUUGGGUCGUCUCUUUCCCCUCUGCCGCCCUGGCCCUGGGUCUUCUGUCCGACGUCUCGUGGACCACCAUCUUCACCAAUGUUUUCAUAUGCUGGCUUUGGGUCGUCACCUACUUGGUCGGCAGCUUUGUCUCCACGGACUACCAAUGGGGCUUCUUUGCCUUUGGCACACUUGCCUGGGUGAUUCUGGCCAUGAGCACGCUCAACGAGAGUCGUGAGGCCGCAGCGCGUUCUGGAAUGACGCGUGACUACAUGCUGCUGGCCACCAUCGCCAACGUCGCUUGGCUGCUGUACCCCGUAGCCUGGGCGAUCGGUGUAGAUGGACACGGCAUGAUCGGUGUGACAGCCACGUUCAUCUUUGUCGGCGUGCUCGACUUGAUCCAGAUGCCGCUGUUCGCCAUUGGCUUUGUGCUACUGUCUCGCAAAUGGAACUAUGCCCGACUCAACCUGGACGUCAGCGAGUCACGCAGUGGCUGGCACGCUACUCAUACCGGAGCCGAGGGACAGGCCAAGGCCGUCGCCAGUCCGGGAGCCAUGCCGCUUGAAGAUACCUCUGCGUAA